UUUGCGCAUCAUUGAUUACAUUUUUUCUUCAAGAUGUUUGUUCAACACUGUUUUGAAGAGCGAAAAAGAACUUGAACGCUUUUUUUUUGUUAACGUUAAUAACGCACAUUUGCCUCCUAAAUUUAGCUUGAACUUUAUGUUUUAUUGACAGUGCAGAUCUUCAAAAAUCCCAAGUAGGGCGGUUAUAAAAUUGGUACGGGGAAAUCUGAAUUGGGAGUAACCAUAGCAAUGGGGGUAAAAUAUCCGGCUCUUAUUCUUUAAGACUAGGCUGAUUCUUCUACCUUCUGGAUUAUAUUGCUUACCUUCAUUACACAUCUAUCAUCAUCAGCGUUUAUUUUUCUCUCCGUUUUUUUUUAAAUUUUACCUCCAUUUCCUUUCAAUUCCCAGCGCAACUCUGGAUAUAUCCGGCCCUGCGCAGCAGUCAAGCCAGAUAAAGCCAUCCCCUUGCUAAGUUAAAAUUUAUCCUUAUUUUCUGACGCCACUGCUACCAUAUUUUGUUAUCUUUCCUUUAGGAUAAAAACUGAACGAUCGCAAACAUUUGCAUUCAAAGCAAAGAGAGAGAAAAAAGAAGCCAUUGAAAAGAUGAGAUGUUUCUAAAUUCACACAUUAAGCGCGUCGAAGUCAGGAACUUUCAAACAAGACAAAAGCUAAACUGAUAGCCAACAUUAUAAGAGUUCGAGGAGCACAAAAAUCUUUACUUUUAAACACAGAUACAGGAUAGACCUUACGAAGAGGUCCUUGAUAAAUAUUAGAAGAAACAUUCCAAGCGAAUCCUUGAACGUCACUCGAUGAGAUUACGUAACGCAAACGCAUGAUUGCGUAACAUAGUACUACGUCACUAGGUGACCACAAGAUACUGACGAGACGUUUUCAUCGCCAAAUAAAUGGGAACAUCGAAAAAUAACUUGAGAAGUACUUAGGAAAAUUAUAUUCGCUGCUCUGAAAAUUUGAUUAAUUAUACCGCUUGACUACUUGAGACAAAGCAAAAUGCUGAAAAGUCGAAGAGGUGGAUUCAAGGUGCGAAAGCGGAUUCAUCGAGAUCCUCUGUAUGUUUUCACAGUUGGGUUCAUCCUGUCGUCAAUAUUUCUAAUGAUCAUCACAUAUCUCAGACCAGACUCGCACUCUUUAAAACCUCCCGGAGGCCAGGAGACCUCAGUUCCGAAUUCAAAAUACACAGCAAAAGGAGACUUUUACUCUUCGCAAGCUAGCCUCCAUAAUUUAGAUUCAGAUUCUUAUUAUAGUGGAUUUUUUAGUUUUAUACCUCACUUAUUAACGCAAUCUCGAUCUUCACGUUAUGAUGAAACAGACCGACAGUACUUUGAGUCGUUAAGCAGCAGUAGUUAUAACUUUUUGCCGAGGCUAAACCCUCGCAAUCUGUUGAGUGAUUCUUCGACUACGAGUACCGAUGGAGUCGAGGAGGUUAAUGGCAGCUGCUCUGAUGAGUCGGUUUGGGCUAAGAAGACUUACCCGCCGGAACUGGUGGAGUCAUGGCCCCUCACAGCCCAAAGAGCCUUCAUACCCUUCUACAUUAUGGGCACCCUCUAUGCCUUCGUGGCCCUGGCCAUUAUCUGCGACGAGUUCUUCGUGGCCGCUCUCGAAGUCAUUAUCGAGAAGACAGAACUCUCAGAGGAUGUGGCGGGGGCGACAUUCAUGGCCGCGGGUGGCAGUGCGCCGGAGCUGUUCACCAGUCUGAUCGGAAUGCUCUUCUCUAAUGAGGUGGACGUGGGAAUUGGAACCAUCAUAGGCAGUGCAGUUUUCAACGUUCUCUUCGUCAUUGCAGUGUGCGCGUUCGGAUCCCCCACCACCCUGAGUCUAACGUGGUGGCCUCUGUGCAGAGACACGUUCUUCUACUCAGUUGGCCUAAUGAUGAUCAUCGGCAGCUUCUUCGACUCCAAGAUCCAAAUUUGGGAGCCGGUCAUUCUCUUCUGCUGGUACCUAGCCUAUUGCACCUUUAUGGCGUUCAACGAGAAGAUUGAACUGUUCGUCAAGGAGAACUUGAACUGUGAGGCAUGCAGCAAAAUGUGCAGCGGCGACUCAGAUGACGGAAUGGACAUGAAGGCCAUUCAGCAAGAGGCAGGACUCCGUGACCAGAAAGGAAGACUGCGAGCAUCAUACAGAGGGAAGACCAUCUGUAUAUCAACUGCCUUGGCCAUUCCCGUGGGCAUCGCAGGUGCCGCCGCCGGAGUGGGAGAGAAAAAUCGCAACCUGUACGGAAGUCAGAAUUUCGAAGCCACCGACAAUCAUUAUUUCAAAAAGCUCGGAGCUGUUAUUCACAAGAUGAAUGGGACGUCUGGUCCUAAUAACGGGGCAGCUGCUCCUCCCCCGCCCAUCAUGGAGAAUGGGGAGAGUGAGGCGGAAGAGAAUAAGAAGUCCCCCCAAGACCAGAUGGACGAAGAGGAAGAAGAAGAUGAUGGCGCAGUGACACUGGCGUGGCCGUCUGAGAAGCCAUGGUACCGCAAACUUCUCUACCUGUGUCUGCUGCCCAUCAUGGUUCCACUCGUGCUUACGAUUCCGGACCCGAAGAGGGGCAAGCCAGGCACGAAGUCGGCCAGCAGUCGGUUCGCCUUCUGGGGUUACAACCUGUUCGCCCUCUCCUUCAUCAUGAGCAUUGUGUGGAUAGCCUUGUGGUCCUAUCUCAUGGUGUGGUGGGUGGAGAGGACUGGGUGGCUCUGCUGCAUACCUUCCGUGAUCAUGGGUCUGACAUUUUUGGCGGCUGGGACGAGUGUUCCUGAUCUGAUCACUUCCUACUUAGUGGCCAAGAAGGGCUUCGGAGACAUGGCCCUCAGCAGCUCCAUCGGAAGCAACCUCUUCGACAUCUGCGUCGGGCUGCCGAUCCCGUGGCUGAUCUAUGUGUCUUUAAAUGUAUUUGGGGACAAUCCGACACUGACCUCGGAAACUUACUUCGCCAUAGAGGUCACCUCGGAUGGCAUGUUCUGCUACAUACUCAUGCUAUUCUCCAUGCUCAUCUUCAUCUUCGUCCUCAUCAUGUCCAUGAAGUGGCGCCUCAACCGCAUCAUGGGCGUCAUCAUGCUCGUGUUGUACUUCCUCUUCCUCGUGUUCGCCGUCCUCAUCGGGUUCGGAACCAUCAGCUGCAACAUAGUCGGAAAGUAAUCAUUCUCACCACGUCUACUCGUCAACAGAGAUCCCAAAAAGCAGUUCGCACACUCCAAAGAUUUCGGAGAAUCCCCGUCAUUGUCCAGGAACCCAUCAAAUCUAUGAACAUUUUCCACCAAAAAUACCAUCAGGCACCAGGAUCCCCAACUUCCAAGUUCCAAAAAGCCUGCCUGUAUAGUGAUCAGAAUUGUUCAAGGACAAGAUUUACUUACUUAAAAUGACACAAAUGUGGAAUAUUGACAAUCAUGUCCAAGAUUCUAAAAAAGAAGAUUUGGAUACCCGCAUCACUUAAUACAAACCUUCAGUUUUGAAAUUUUGAACGAGUCAGGAUCUGACAGUUAAACAAUUUCAGUGCACCAAAACGAACCUAAUUAGUCCAAAAUCCAAGUUAUUAUGCGAUCUUUCUUUGCAAUGCCAUUUCCCGCCUUAUUUCUCUCAAAUCAAAUUUACUGCAAAAAAUUCCCAAUUACCUUAAAAGACCUCAUCAUCAUUUCCAUUAAAAAAUUGAGUGAAACUUCAAAUGUAACUUGAAACGAUAUUAGAGCGAAACUUCAAACGUAAACCGAGGAUAAAAAGAAUACUUGGCAAACAUGAAAUUAUUGCAAGUAACUUGAAAGGCUUGAAAGGCCAAAAAGAGUGGAUUACAAGGUGUUCUGUGCCUAAUAAGGGAACUCCUUAGAUGAGUCAAAACCUGAAAAUGGGUUCAAAUCGACGACCGGAAUGUCAUUGGUAAAGCAACCGAAUGAACUUUAGAAGCUCAAUCAUUCAUCUUCAUUUUAAGAAGAUUUAUUACUAUUAUACCACAAAUCAACCGGUUGAUUCCGCUGAUCAAAAAAUAAUGCGAUUUCGGUUUCAGAUCGUUUUCAAAGUUUGUUCGAAACAGCAAAAAUUGAACGUUUUAUGUCCUUACUGAUUUAUCGGCACAAAAGAUUAAAAAUCUCACAAAUCGCAGCUCAAAUACUAAAAUCACUGCUGAGAUAGCAAAAGUUUAUCUCCAAAUCAUUAAUACGAACGCUCUUUCGAUACAACGAAGACAUGAAGAAACAUCUGAAAAAAAAACAGGAUUGAAUUGAAAUUUCAUUUACUGCAUAACCAAUUUUUCAACUUUUCCUCUUCAGAGUGCGAUUAUUUAUGUACGAACAACCAAUGUCCCAAUUGCAGUAUUGAAUUUUUGCUGCCAAUUUAAAAAGUUGUUAUUGCCAAUUAAAUUUGUGGACAUUUAGAAUAUCCUGUUUAGCACAAAUUGAUAUUUAACAUUUUAGAUUAUUUUGGAAGUAUCUUAUUUUUUCAUUCUAUCCUGAAUUGUUCGGCUCAAUUUCCUUUGGAACUUUUUCGGGGAAAUUAAGGAUAUACUUCAACAGAGGAAAUUGGAUUGAUUGUGUUUCAUACAUACUUCUGUCGUUUAAUUUGAAUUAGGUCAAUAAUUUUGGCUCUUAACAAUCACCAUUUGCUCUGCUCUGCAUUCGCUACCCAGUUUUUCACUGCAAUAUAAAUGAUUAUAUUAA